UAGUGUAGCAUACUAGUGCAACAAAGACAAACAUUGACUUUUGACAGAUAACUCAAAAAUGAGUGACUCACCGGAAGGUUCGUGGUCACGUUUCGCCAAAUAUUAUGACCCAGUUAAAAUUGGUUCUAUCGACGGGACUGACACGGAGCCCCACGACAAGGGCGUCGUUAGAGCCCUCAACUCCGAGUAUUACCCAAACAGACACGUAAAAGGCCGUCCAGAAUGCACAAUUUUCGUGAGUAGAUUGAAUCUCAAAACCACGAAGGAUACAAUCAAGGAUGUUUUUUCACGGUUUGGCCCUUUGCGCAGAUUUCGUUUAGUUAAGGACAUAGUGACAGGCAUGCCCAAAGGUUACGCGUUUAUUGAAUUCGAAAGUGAACAUGACGCAGAAGAAGCUUAUUCCAAAGCGAACAAAAUGAAUGUUGACGGUAAUAUUAUUUUUGUUGAUUUUGAGUGUGAACGAUUAUUAAAAGGAUGGCGACCAAGACGAGUAGGGGGUGGUUUUGGAGGGAAGAAAGAAUCAGGACAACUCAGAUUUGGUGGUCGCGAUCGACCUUUCAAAAAACCAAUUAGUUUGGAAAUUAGGGAAAGGAGAGAACGUGAAACACGUGAAAUGAGGGAACGAAGCAGGAGUAGCAGACAUGAUAGUAGAUAUGAAUCAAGAUCGCGAAGAAGUUAAGUUUGUGGGUUUAGUAAAUAAAUAACAUUUAUACUAGAA